AUGCCAGUUGCUUCUUCAUGACUUUUCUUGUGUUUUAUAGACCUGACCCCAACACACAUCAGCUGGCAGCCGUCAGUGAACGCAGCCAACCACCACACUGACAGGUAUGCCAACACCGAGCUGACUGUGAGGCGAGGACAAGCCUUCAACAUCACCCUGUACUUCAACAGGCCGAGGCAGAACGGGGAGAGCCUAGGAUUUGUCACUGAAAUAGGGCCAUCCCCGUCGGAGUCUCACCGCACCAGGGCAGCAUUCAGCCUCUCUGAGGCGGGGGGCAGUGGCUGGAGUGCUGCCCAGGGACCCAGCGACUCUGCAGCCAUGAACUUCACCAUUUCCAGCCCGGCCAACGCCGUCAUUGGCAGGUACAACCUCAGCCUCCGCGUCACCUCAGGCAACAAGAUCUUCUCCAGAUACCUGGGCCAGUUUGUGUUACUCUUCAACCCCUGGUGCCCAGGUGAUGAUGUCUUCAUGUCCAAUGAAAACGAGAGACAAGAAUAUGUUCUAAAUGAAAAUGGAAUAAUCUUUGUGGGCAAUGCAAGGUACAUUGAAGCAAGAGGGUGGUAUUAUGGACAGUUUCAAGACCUCCUAAACAUCUGUCUCACCAUGCUUGAUCUGAGCCUGUACUACCGCCAGGACCCAGCCAUGGACGUGUCCCGAAGGGGAGAUCCCAAAUACGUGGGUCGAGUCAUCAGUUCUAUGAUCAAUGGAAAUGACAACGACAAUGGAGUUCUCCUGGGGAAGUGGCAAGGAAGUUUCCACUCGCAUGAGAACCCCUCCAGAUGGGAUGGCAGCGUGGUGAUCCUCAAGAAAUGGCGUCAGGACAACUACAGACCUGUCCAGUACGGCCAGUGCUGGGUUUUUGCAGGUGUGAUGUGUACAGUUUUGAGGUGCUUGGGGAUUCCAACUCGUUUGGUUUCAAAUUUUAACUCUGCUCAUGACGUGGAUAGAAACCUGAGUAUCGAUAAGUACUAUGACAGCUCUGGAAGGAGUCUUAAUAUCAGCAAGGAUUCCACAUGGGAUUAUCACGUCUGGAAUGAAAGCUGGUUCAUUCGCCCAGACCUGGGAAGGGCAUACAACGGGUGGCAGGUUUUAGAUGCAACUCCACAAGAGCAAAGCAGAGGAAUUUUUCAGUGUGGCCCUGCAUCUGUCUUAGCCAUCAAAGAAGGUGAAGUCAACCUGGAUUACGACACCUUGUUUGUGUACUCGGAGGUGAACGCCGACUGCAACAGAUGGAUUGUGUACAAUGAUGGAACCAAGAAAAGAGUUUAUUGUGAUACUGAAAUCAUUGGCAGGUUUAUCAGCACCAAAGCUGUGGGCAGCAACGGCCGUGUGGAUGUCACUGCUAACUACAAAUAUCCAGAAGGUUCUUCUGAGGAAAGACGAGUCUAUAGAAAGGCCUUGAGCAAGAUACUGGGAAUAAGUGUCACAGAAGGACACACAGACUCUUCUGGGGGAAGAUCUUCAGAGACAAUGAGAAACCCUGGCAUCGCUGGGAAAUUCAAGCUGGCUGAGCCUCCCGUUUUUGGCAAAGACAUUAACCUGGUCCUGGUCCUCAGCAACCUCUCCUCCGACCGCAAGAGCAUCAGGGUGGACAUGAGUGCCUCCACCAUCCUGUACACCAGGAGAGCAGUGGCAGAGAUCCUGAAGGCAGCCACUUCUGUGGAGCUUGGUCCUAAACAAGGGAAGCAAAUCCGGGUGAAGAUCCCUUAUACUCAUUAUGGAAAAUAUCUGACCACUGACAAAAGGAUCCAAGUUACUGCUUUGUGUGAAGUCAUGCGCUCGCAGGGGCUGAAGCUGCUGGUGGAGAAGACAAUCAUUUUAGAGGACACAAACAUCAUCAUUAAGGUGCCGCGGAGGGUUGUGGUGAACAGAGCUGUGUCCCUGGAGAUCUCCUACGCCAACCCGCUCCCCGAGCCCGUGAGCCGCUGCGUGCUGCUCGUCACUCUGAUGAACCAGCAGGUCAAGAUCAAUUUGGCACGACUGGCACCGAGGGAGAGAUCAAAAAUUUAUUUUGAGUUCACACCUCGGAGGGCUGGGCCCUUACAGCUGCAAGUAGACUUCUCUUGUGACAAAUUUUCACACGUUAAGGGAUUUGUAACAAUUGCAGUAGCACCUGCAUAA